AUGCCCGGCCUCCUGUUGCCGAUGAAAAUGCACGCGUGCGCGCUGUCGUACGCCACUCAGCUGCUGUUUGUCGCCAACUUCGCGACCACCUUCCGCGUGGGGGGCUGCGGGAAGAAUGGAUCCACGGUUGCCCUACCGACAAUCGGGACCAGUAUAAGCCUGAUGUCGAACUAUGCCGUCGUCCUCAUGAACCUCUCCCUCGUAUUCGGCUACGUUAAGGUCAUUAUGAGGGGCGGUGUGGGGAAGAACGGCUCCACGGUCGCAGGCACCAGCAUCCUGUCGCCGGUGAUACCGUUCUCCUUCGUGGUGGUGCCGGCCUUCAUCAUAUUCCAGAAGAGCGAGUCCCACGUCUACGAGAACCACCCAUCUCUCUACAUUCUGGCGUUCGGCAUGGUCGCGGCGAAGGUCACCAACAGACUUGUGGUGGCCCACAUGACAAAGAGCGAGAUGGAUUACUACGACUGGUCGAUGCUGGGCCCCGCGAUGCUGUUCCUCAACCAGUACUUCAACAACGCCCUGCCCGAGUACUAUGUGCUCUGGCUGUGCACGAUAUGGGUCUGCGUCGACCUGAUGCGGUACUGCGGCCAGAUCUGCUUGGAGAUUUGCGACCACCUCAAGAUCGGGCUCUUCCGCAUACCUUACCCGCCAGUGGUCGGUGCAAACGCGGGCGCCCAUGCGCACGAACGAAACGUGACGAGUGACAGCGAGAAAUCGGAGACUGAAGAUUCAGCGCCUCUUCUUAAUAAUAACAAUAUUAAUACA